CAGAACAGCGGACAACGUGGACAGCCUGAAGUUGCCGCAUUCAACGGUAUUCAUAUCGGUCAUUGGAGGACACUCCAACCUGCGAGGACUUUUAUUGACUUUUUUUUUCAACUGUAUUAACGAGAUUUUUAGCCCUAGGCUAGUUCAUCUCGGGGCCCACGCUUUACUUCCCUUCCGAAGGAAGAACUCUCAUUUGUGAGUUUGUCGGGAGUGGGAUUCGAUCCCAGGUCCUCGGCGUAAUAGUCAAGUGUUCUAAGCAUCACACCAGGUCUGCUCCGCUAUUCAUUGGCUUAAUUCCUGCGUAGAGACCCGCAUAUCCCCAUCGGCCUUUGGUACGCUCCUUUGGAAUUCGGGAAAGGAAAGUCUGACGAAACGACCGCCGUCCGAUCUGAGCUAAGCUGGAAGAUCAUCGGGCUAAAGUACACAGAUCGAGCUGAACCAGGUAUAGUCAGUCAUCGCAAUUUCCAAGCGGUUGCGAAUCAAGAUUUGCACGACAUGCUGCGAAUCCAUUACAGCCUGGAGGAGUCGGAUUGGAUGUUGAGCAUCGAACAUUGUUGUUUCCAUCGAACUUGUAACACUGUGCAACUGUGGUGUGACCUACAAAAACCCCAAAAUACGUCAAUGACGUACAUAUUCGCUAACGUCAAUCACAUUCUUUCUAAGAAGAUAGGUGACAUCCAAAAAACUGCUUCAUGAAUCAAUGACGACCACCAAGCAUCGCGAUUGGAUCACCACAGCAUCGUCCAUAACUCGUUCUGCCGUCGGCCGUGUGAUAUUGGACUUGGUUGACCAUAAAGUGUAUACAGAUGAGAUUGACUUCCUCCGCUCACUCUCGGCUUGAACGAAUAAGUGUUUAUGAACUGCAUCAUCACCAACAGCACCAGAACCACCAGGUAGGUAGGUAGGCGUCCACCAAGGCACGUUCCGCUCUUCUGAUGGUGGUGGGCUUUAUGGUGCCGUUGCGUUGCGUUGGGGUGUUGUGAAUGCGUAGUGAAAUAAUUUUUUGUUGAUGAUGGCGCUCAUAUGAUGGCGAUGACGACGACGACGACGACGAUGAUGAUGCGUUAAAUAUUCAUCGGAAUCGGUGGCGAAGGAGUCGGAACUUUGCCCUUGUUGUUGUUCUUGCGAUGGUCAGGGACGCCGGUUUUGCAUGCUAACAUCGUAAAUUUUUGAAACGGCAAUGGGAAGUUUUUCAAUUAGUUUCCCUUUUUUUGUCGGUAGGUUGACGAGAACUGUGGACAGUAUGUUGGAGUUCCUGGCUUGGUGAGGGUAUUCUAAAGAAUCGAGAAUGAAUGUCAACCAAGACCCAAUUCAGUACAUUAAUUUGAAUUCCGACAGCAAUGUUCGGACCGUUUUUCUGGACGUGAAACCGAUUUAUCACGAUGAAAACCGCGUACUGACUAAUGGAUUUAACAAUCGAGUUGGAUUUCCGCCAACGUCUCCCAAGAGAGCGUUCGGUUUGGAAAGUGAAUUCAACACUCGAUCGGUGAGUAUGACGCACCACCAGACAUACGGUUGGAACUUCCUUCCAGUAACGAUUUCGCCAUACCAUACGCAGGAUAUAGUUUACGGCACCACGAAGCCAAUCUACAACGUUCUUCGGAUGCUGGGAGUGUUUCCUUUCUCGAGACCUUCACCCGGUGUGACAUUGUUCGCUUGUGCGAGCCCGGCGAUGGCGUACUGCGGUGUGUUCUUCAUGGCACUUAUGUCUUACGUCAUCUACAUCACCAUCCUGAGGAUCGACAUCGUCCGCACGUUGGAAGGUCGCUUCGAGGAAGCGGUGAUCGCAUAUCUCUUCAUCGUUAACAUCCUGCCGGUGCUGAUCAUUCCGUUGAUGUGGUACGAGACCCGUAAAGUUUCCAGUUUGCUCAACCAAUGGGUCGAUUUUGAAGCGAUUUAUCGAAAAACAGCUGGGAGGGAACUGGAGUUGUCGUUUCGGACUAAGGCACUGUUGAUUGCUAUAUUACUGCCGGUUUUGUCUUGUCUGGCGGUCAUAAUAACCCACGUAACAAUGGUCGAAUUUCAGCUGAUUCACGUUAUCCCUUAUUGCAUUCUGGACACGCUUACGUAUAUGAUGGGAGGUUACUGGUAUAUGACCUGUGAAUCACUUAGCAUAACUGCAAACAUUCUAGCUGAAGACUUUCAAAGGGCUUUGAGGCACGUUGGACCUGCUGUUAUGGUAUCGGAGUACCGUUCACUGUGGCUGCGUUUGAGCAAGCUGGCCCGGGAGACGGGAUCGUCAACGUGCUACACUUUCACCUUUCUGUGUCUCUAUCUGUUCUUCAUCAUUACCCUUUCGAUCUAUGGUCUGAUGUCGCAGAUUUCCGAAGGUUUCGGCAUCAAAGAUAUCGGCCUGGCCGUAACUGCCUUCUGUAGCGUUGGAUUGCUGUUCUUCAUCUGCGACGAAGCUCACUAUGCAUCGUUUAACGUGCGAACGAAGUUCCAAAAGAAGCUGCUGAUGGCAGAACUUAGCUGGAUGAAUUCGGAUGCACAAACCGAAAUCAGCAUGUUUCUGAGGGCCACCGAGAUGAACCCGUCUAGCAUAAAUUUGGGCGGGUUCUUCGAUGUUAAUCGGAAUUUGUUUAAAUCGCUUCUGGCAACAAUGGUGACUUAUUUGGUGGUGCUGCUGCAGUUCCAAAUCAGCAUUCCGGAUGACUCAAGCAUGAUAGUUAUGCAUAAUAUGACGUUAUCCUAUCGAGAGUAAUUUUUUUCAGUUAACU